AGGAAACAGCACCGAAAUAGCAAGAGUUCUGUAACCGACAACUAACAAAUGUAACUACACCAUUUUUUCAAGGAUAGUCUUUUGAAACGUAUUUUAAAGUAUUUUGCUCACAUCUGUUUAACCAUGACGUCCAGGAAUAUCAGUGGAAGCGCAGAUCUAAUGGCAAAGAAACUUCAGCAGGAGAACGUACAGCUGAAACAGGAUCUUGAAGACCUAAAGACUCAGUAUCAGCAGCUGCUUGAUGAAGGGAAGGGGGAGACGUUUGACGAGAGGCGGGUGAACCUGUUAAAGGCUCAAGUGAUGCAGCUGGAGAGACAGGUGGUGCUUCUUGCGGAGGGACUGAGUUCUCACGCCUCUCGUAACUUGGAGGUGGAGAAUGCUCUGGAAACCCUCACUGACCGAUUAAGAUCGCUGCUAAGCUGUGAAAACAACUCUCCGGAGGUACCCAUGGCACGGGCAGAACUCACUCAAUUGAUUGAACUGUGUCGAGAUGUCAGGCAGAGAUUACAUCGGAACAAUAAGGUCACUAAUGUGGAGAACCUUUCCAUGCCCUGCUUGCUGCCUGUGAGAAAUCUGACCAAACAGCCAGUGACCCUGCUGGAUCUCUGCUAUGGGAAGACAAGCAACCUGAACCUACAGCAAGUGAGUGCUUUGGAAUCCAAGCUCAGCCAGCUGCUGAAACACCUGCAUGGCAUGAGGCAAACACUGGGCUUGAUCCUCGCCCCAGGACCAGACCCUCCGGAACAAGCCAGGAAGAUCCUUGCGCCAGCCGUCUAUGCUAGACUAUUAAAUCAUGCAAGAUGCUGCAACCUGGCACUGGAGGAGUGCUGCCUGGACCUGCUGACCCUGUCUCUCAUAGUCCCCUCCGCUCCGUGGGCGAGAGUGGAGCAGCGGGUGAGCCAGGAACUGACUGCAGAGAAUGUGCUUUCAGUGCUGCCUGCCCUCCCCAAAGGGGCCCCUCAGCAGCGGGCGAGGAGAGCUGCUGAGGCCCUAGUUAAAACCGCAGAUUACUCCCGACUGAAGGCAUUGCAGCAGGUGGAAGCUUUACAGGCAGAGUUGGAGUUCCACAGGUCCCUGUACAACCUCCAGAUCCAAUACACUGAAGCACUGAUCCAGGGAGUCAGGCAAGCCUACCAAGUGUUCCAGAAGAAUGUGUCAGAGACUCUGUGUGCCCCUUUGCAAGAGGUGCUUUCCUGUUAUAACAGCCUGGAAACAACAGCUUCAGAAAGUGCUCUGCGGAAUUUUCUGACAGUCUUUAAAAACAGCUCUGAGCAGAUCCAGGAGGCAGUAGAGGCUCUGAAGCCAUCACAGAACCAAGGAGAUGAGGCCCUCUCACGGUUUGGGAAGGAAUUCUUUCACUCCCUAGAGCAGCUGCUCAUAGACUGUGCAGAGAAGAGGGACAGGGCCUCUCGUGAGCUGGAAUCGUUGAAAGCUGAGUACGAGCAAGCUUGGGAGAGCCUGCAUUCUCUGGAGAAGGAACGCAGAGAAAAGGGCAAAGGCUCCAGCCAGCACUCCCAAAAGUCUGAGACCGGGAACGCUGAGGGAGGGGAAGGAGGCCCAGUGAGAACGAAAAAUCCUACUGAGAACAAAAAAGCUGCACUGCUGGCAACAUCUGCUGGAAGGGGAGCCACUCAUGCAGCUCUGCUUCAACCCAAACACAGCAUUUUAAAGAAAGCUUUAUCGGUUGAUGUGACGGCUCCUACAUUAGAUCAAGACUCCUCCCACCACCUGCAGACUGCUCAGAGGUCACCCAAUCACAACAGAGGAAAGAGCCCACUCAGGAGCAAAAGUGUAAAGGUGCCAGUGAGACCAUCUUGGCAAACUUAGGGGCAGCCGUUUUCUAGAGCUCCCAGGUUAUGAGCUUACUGAAAUAACUCUCCAAACUGAGCGUACUGCUUGCUAAGGAAAUGAAAAACACUUGGGAACUGUGUCUUUGGUGUCAGGCAAAAUGCACAUCUAUUUAUAUCAGCUUCUAGUGCUGCAGUAGUGUGCUCACCGAAUGUCCGGGUGGUAGGGGAGAACUAAAGGAACUUGUCUUAUAUUAAAAACAAAAUCUAUUUUUAAAAGCUAAAUAAAAUAUGCAGGAGCCUUUUUGCAGUUGAUUAUUUGUAGCAGUUGAGUCAUGAGAUGACCUGCAAGCAGAUUUCGUGUUUUAAAGGUGUGGUUUGUCUGUAGUGCAUUAAUUUGCUUUAAGAAAUCUUUUAGGGUUCAGAUUCUCAUACAGCACAUGGAGGCACAGGGGCUGACUGUUUAAUUGUUAAACCAAAUAACUGUAUAUUUCUACAAUAAAGUACUGUAUUGAAAAUUCA